AUGGCCCUCCCUUAUCAUAUUUUUCUCUUUACUGUUCUCUUACCCCCUUUCACUUUCAGUGCACCCCCUCCAUGUUGCCGCACAACCAGUAGCUCCCCUUACCAACAGUUUCUAUGGAGAAUGUGGCUUCCUGGAAAUAUUGAUGCCCCAUCGUAUAGGAGUUUAUCUAAGGGAAUCCCCACCUUCACUGCCCACACCCAUAUGCCCCGCAACUGCUAUAACUCUGCCACUCUUUGCAUGCAUGCAAAUACUCAUUAUUGGACAGGGAAAAUGAUUAAUCCUAGUUGUCCUGGAGGUCUUGGAGCCACUGUCUGUUGGACUUACUUCACCCAUACCGGUAUGUCUGAUGGGGGUGGAGUUCAAGAUCAGGCACGAGAAGAACAUGUAAAGGAAGUAAUCUCCCAACUGACCCGGGUACAUAGCUCCCCUAGCCCCUACAAAGGAUUAUAUCUCUCAAAACUACAUGAAACCCUCCGUACCCAUACUCGCCUGGUAAGUCUAUUUAAUAACACCCUCACUGGGCUUCAUGAGGUCUCGGCCCAAAACCCUACUAACUGUUGGAUGUGCCUCCCCCUGCACUUCAGGCCAUACAUUUCAAUACCUGUAUAACAAUGGAACAACUUCAGCACAGAAAUAAUCACCACUUCCAUUUUAGUAGGACCUCUUGUUUCCAAUCUGGAAAUAACCCAUACCUCAAACCUCACCUGUGUAAAAUUUAGCAACACUAUAGACACAACCAACUCCCAAUGCAUCAGGUGGGUAACUCCUCCCACACAAAUAGUCUGCCUACCUUCAGGAAUAUUUUUUGUCUGUGGUCCCUCAGCCUAUCAUUGUUUGAAUGGCUCUUCAGAAUCUAUGUGCUUCCUCUCAUUCUUAGUGCUUCCUAUGACCAUCUACACUGAACGAGAUUUAUACAAUCAUGUUAUACCCAAGCCCUGCAACAAAAGAGUUCCCAUUCUUCCUUUUGUUAUCAAAGCAGGAGUGCUAGGUGGACUAGGUACUGGCAUUGGUGAUAUCACAACCUCUACUCAGUUCUACUACCAACUAUCUCAAGAACUAAAUGGUGACAUGGAAUGGGUUGCCGACUCCCUGGUCACCUUGCAAGAUCAACUUAAUUCCCUAGCAGCAGUAGUCCUUCAAAAUCAAAGAGAUUUAGACUUGCUAACCACUGAAAGAGGGGGAACCUGUUUAUUUUUAGGGGAACAAUGCUGUUAUUAUGUUAAUCAAUCCAGAAUCAUCACUGAGAAAGUUAAAGAAAUUCAAGAUCGAAUACAACAUAGAGCAGAGGAGCUUCAAAACACUGGACCCUGGGGCCUCUUCAGCCAAUGAACACCCUGGAUUCUCCCCUUCUUAGGACCUCUAGCAGCUAUAAUAUUGUUACUCCUCUUUGGACCCUGUAUCUUUAACCUCCUUGUUAAGUUUGUCUCUUCCAGGAUUGAAGCUAUAAAGCUACAAAUGGUUCUUCAAAUUGAGCCUCAGAUGCAGUCCAUGACUAAAAUUUACUGCAGACCCCUGGACCAGCCUGCUAGCCCAUGGUCCGAAGUUAAUGACAUCAAAGGCACCCCUCCUGAGGAAAUCUCAACUGCACAACCCCUACUAUGCCCCAGUUCAGCAGGAAGCAGUUAG